UCCGAUCUCAUCCACAUGGAAAAACAAGUAAAGGCCGACCUCCUCCGCUACGUGGAACGGCUCAGAGUUGUUCAAGACAGCAUACUCAAUUUUGCCCAAGACAGACAGCCCUACGACAACUUGACGUCACCGUCCGCCCUCUCCGACUACCUGAAGCACCCGGUGCACGCCUUCCAGUUGAUCAAGAGAAUGACCGCUGGCCUGAAGACCGUCGAAGCUCAGGUCGAAAAAACGCUAAAGUUUGAUCCUUUGAUUAACAUCAAAGCAAUGCGCAAGCAACGGCUGCUUCCAUGGGACGACGACUUCCAGGGGCUUGCGACAUCACUUGUGACACUUCAAGAAAUAUAUGCUCUGGACUUUCACGAACUGGCCGAGGGACACCUUCACACUAAAAUUCCGCGCAACCGCACAAUUCCUGGACGUCUUCCGCUCAAUGCUCGGGACUGCUUGAACAUCAGCCAGGUGGCUCUGCACCAGGGUAUGCACGACCUCGCAGUGAAAUGGGCCGAGCAGGCGCUAGCCAAGGCCGCCGACGAAAAACCGCCCUCAAUCCCAAAGCAAGAACUGGACAGCCAUUACGAGGCCGUCGUCACAAAGUACGAUGAAUUGCUGAGUACAAGGGGACAAGUGGAACCCGUGCAGACACACGAAGUAUCCGUGCAAGAUCGCACAAAGCAGUCCGCAGACUCCAAGGCACAGCUGUUCCAGGAAGUGCUCUCGGAAGACCAAGAAGACCAAAACUACAAGCGACUUUGCCGCGGAGAGGUUCUCAGGAGCCCCAAGAUGGACAGCCAGCUGAGGUGUCGCUACUACAAGGGACAAGAUGGCUUCUUUGCGCUACAGCCAAUCAAGCUCGAAGAAAUCAAUCUUAAGCCUUACGUCAUUGUGAUGCACGACGUUGUUCAAGACAAAGACAUCGAAGAUCUGAUGGCCUUCGCUGAACCACGGCUGGAACGAUCCACAACCUACACUGGGAGUGAAAUGAUGCCGUCGCCAGAACGAACCAGCUCAACUGCCUGGCUGAACGAAGAUGAGGCACCUAUCGCAGUCAGAAUGAAUUCGUAUCUGCGUGCUCUCUUGGGCAUGGGUACCUCGGACACCGAUGAAGAAGCGGAAGCGUACCAGCUGGCCAACUACGGUACUGGAGGGCAUUUCUUGCCGCACCACGACUUCCUUCAAGACUCAUUGGAGGCUUACAACAGUUCGGCUGAUUAUUACCUUCAACGAGGAGCAGGAGACAGAUUAGCCACGCUUAUGAUCUACAUGACUGACGUUGAAGAAGGUGGCGCGACAGUCUUUCCAAACCUCGGAAUAAGGCUGACACCCAAAAAGGGGGACGCCGCGUUCUGGUGGAACCUAAAGGCGAGCGGGGAUGGUGAGAGGCUCACAACGCACGCCGGCUGCCCCGUCCUUUACGGAUCCAAGUGGAUCGCAAACAAGUGGUUCCGGUCCUACAGCAACGUGUUCCGGCUUCCCUGUUCCAAAGACCGGAAUGCUUCCCUGGCGCCCCUCGUCUGA